CAGAAAAAGCUUGUUCAUCAUCACUGAAAUUAGUUUACAAAAUCGACGAAUUCGGAGAUGAUUUUUCAGAAAUUGUGCACAAAUGAGUCCAACCUCAACGCUAUAGCUUCCAAAUCGCGUUUUCAAACGCAGAUCGGUGUUUCGAAAUCCUCCUUUGGCGGCUGCGGUCGUAUCUCCGCCAGGUCUAAAGACCGUCACACUAAGGUUGAGGGAAGAAGUCGUCGAGUUAUGAUGCCGGCUCUCGUCGCCGCUAGGAUUUUUCAGUUGACGCGUGAGCUCGGUCACAAAACUGAUGGAGAAACCAUUGAAUGGCUUCUUAGUCAAGCUGAACCGUCGAUUAUUGCCGCUACUGGCUCCGGGACUAAGCCGAUUUCGAAUUCGGUUGGUGUUGCGGCGGUUGAUUCCUCGUCGCCGAUGAUGUUUGCUAUGAUGCAAACGCAAACGCAAGAAUCGCCGAGCUGUACGCUGGAUCUGUGUCAGCCAAUCGGAACUCAGUAUCCGGUGAAUGGUUACAGUCAUAUGCCGUUCACAGCCAUGCUUUUACAACCGAUGACCACGGCGGCGGAUUCUGACGUUGAGAUCGCGGCGGAGGAGGAACCUCACCACCAGUAAUAUUAGGCUUUUGGUUUAGUAGAGGUUUUAAUGUACUCUUCGUAGGUUUGGAGUUUCAAAUUAGGAUUUUUAAAAGUUUGGUAAUGUUAUUUUGCCAUUAAACCA